AUACAAUUAAUAAUCGAAUAAUUUUUGGUAAAAUUUACCAAUUUAUAUUUUACCAGUUUUUAUUUUAAAUGAAAUUUUAAAAUGCUUUUAUUAAUUUCUAUAAUAUGUACUCAAACAUGAAUUAUAAAUAGAACAAUUCACAAUACUUUAUUUUUUAAAAAUGAAUAGUUUAAGAAGAUUACUGUCAUCUAAUAAAUAUUCAAUUUUUUAUGGAAAAAAAAAGUUCUCAACUGGUUCAGAAAAUUUUACAGAAGAUGAAAAACAAAAGCUUUACGAUAGACUAAUGAAUUCAAAGCAUAAUGAGAAUGAUCUACAAGGAAAUACAUUGAAAAAUUGGCUAUUACCUGAUCAGAAUUUUAGUCCAUCUAGAAUUAUGAGUUAUGAUUGGAGCAUGAAAAGUAUAGGAAAGUGGUAUGAACAGAAAAAAGUAGAGUAUAAAAAGUAUAGUCAACGAUAUGUGCCUGAACGUGUUAAAGCCCUUGGUACUGAUUUAGCAGCAGCUCAUUUUAUAGUUUAUCGUGGUGGUGCAGUUAAGUUUGUCAACCAUAAGGAUUUUAUUAGAUGGGAAAAUAAAAAAGAAGAAUAUUGUAUAAAUUUACCAGAAAAAUAUGAUGCCUCAUAUAGAGUUGACGCUAUUGAUGCAUCAAACUUAAGUAUUUACUAUGAAGGAUUAGAAAAUUUUAAAUUAUUAUACAAACUGAAAUGGUUAAGUCUAAGGAACAAUCCAGUUUUAGAUGAUUGGUCUUUAGAUUUAAUUGGAAGUAUAAUGCCAAGUUUAGAGUAUUUAGAUAUCUCUAAUUGUAAACAAAUAUCAUGUAAUGGAAUUGCUGGUCUUCAAAAAUUGAGAAAUUUGAAAGAAUUAGUUGUUAAUAAUGAAGAUAUAGAAUUUCAAAUGGCAUGCUUUGCAUUAGAAGAUAUUUUACCUGAACUAUUUGUUUCAAUGCCACAAUUAACAUCUCUUAGUCAAUGAAACAUCUCUUAAAAUUAAAUAUUACAAUUUUUUAAUUUUUAAGAUUUGUGUUGUAAUAGAAGAAAUUGAGUUGUUAUUUUAAUUAAUAAACUAAUGUAUUUUUAAAUAAAUCAAUAAAUUUUAAAAUCUUAAUAUA